AUGGAAACAACAACCGCCGGUAUUUCUGCCGCGCCGGCUUUGCUGCCCGAUUUUCCGUACACCGAGCUGUCGCCGGAGAUCGCUCCGCUUCUGCCCACGCAGGGCGGACCGGCCAUCCCGACCAUCCCGUCCACUCGUAGCCCGAACCCGGACACCAUCGCCGCCGUGGGGCCCGACACGGCCGCAUUCCCACCGACCGGCCCGUUAGAGGGUUCUUCUGCGGUUUUGAGCCGAGGGCUCAUGAAGCUUGAAGCCUUUUCUGGUUUGUUGGGUUAUUGGCUUGUGAUGUUGCACUUGGUGUGA